CUAACAGGAAGAAGAUUCGUUGACUGUCAUUGUUCUUUACAACACUUGUUAUCUAAGAACAGGUUAGCCAAACAUACUGCAAGGAAGCUCUGAUCAUUUCACAGGUACCAUGAACGAAUCCAGGGAUGAGCGCUUACUGAGGAGGAACAGACCUUUAAUUGUAAACUGUGUGACAGAAGUAGACGGUUUGGUGGAUUUUCUGAUUAAGAAGAAUCGUAUUUCUGAAGAAAUGAUCAGUGAAAUGGACACUGACAUGCCCAGUACGAAAAAAAUACGUAAACUUCUGGAUUAUGUGAGGAAAACAAAGGCAAGUGAGGUCGCGAUGAAAUGGAUAAGGAAGAAUGUACCUAAUUUGGAUUUGGCAGAGAACAGCGAUUCAGACCAAGAAGCACCACCAAGAAAGAGGCCUAAAACUGAGGCUGACUAUUACAGCCCUGAAACCUUUGGAAGAGUGAGAGGAAGAGGCUACAGAGGAACUGCAUCUAGAGGCGGCACUAGAGGGAGAGGCUACAGAGGAACUGGAUCUAGAGGAGGCAUGAGAGGGAGAGGUUACAGAGGAGCUGCAACCAGAGGAGGCACUAGAGGAAGAGGCUACCGAGGAGCUGGAGCAAGAGGAGGCACGACAGGAAGGGGAGCUGCAUUUAAGCCAGAGGACAGUGAAGAAGCAAGAAUAAUAGAGAGAGAUGACGAAGUGAGAGCUGAGAGAGAGAAGCUUCUUGAAAAGCUGACUCUUGAGGAAUUAAGAGAAUUAUUCAGGCCGCAGCUUGAGAGGCAGCCUAACCUGGUGUUUGACGUCUUGAAGCUGUGUCAGCACACAAAUGAUGCUCCACCAUCUGAGCCUAACCCACAUUUGCCUUGGUGUAAAUGUGGAAACUGUAGAGACAUGCCCACAGACAUUGAGAAGUUAUGCUGUGACCAACAACCAGAUUACUGCAUCAGCAGGCUCCAUCAUUUCUGCUAUUUCUGCCUGGAUGAUGAGCUUCUUAGACAGGACACCGAAGUCCAAGUAGCACAGACUGCUGAUGACCUCAAAGCGUACCGGAAUGCUGCAUAUGGGCGAUUUGUAACAUGGAAAUAUGGUCCUCUUGGCCCAGGAAUCCGAGUGCCCGUUCCUAGCUGCUGUGUGUGGCGAAUCCGUGACAAAUACCCUGACCCUCAUGGACAGUACACAGGAUUUAUCGGCAGCCCCCAAAAAGAUAGCCCUGAAAAAACCUGCUCUCUUUACAGUAAAAAGCUGUCUUUUGGUUAAGAGUUAAUAAUGAACGACUAUGGAAGAAUAAAAAAUAUCACAUUUUAAAGUCAUAAUUGUGUCAUACA